AUGCGGAAAGCGACCCGGUGCCGAUCGGCGCGGACGCGAUUCCCCUCGCCGGCGAGCAACAGGGACCGUGCGGCCGUCGGCGGCGGACAGGACGGCUUGCUCACACCCUCCUCUUCCCGGUCUUCAUCGUCGUCGUCCACCUCCUCCCCCUUUCUCGGUGGUGAAGGCGACGGGGCAAUGAAGCAGAUGGUGGCGGAGAACCCGGUGGUGGUGGUGGCGCAGAGGGGGUGCUGCAUAUGCCACGCGGCGAGGCGCCUCUUGCUGGGGCUCGGGGUCAACCCUGCGGUGUGCGAGGUCGGCGAGGAGGCCGCGGCCGCGGGGGAGGCGACGGCUCUGGUCGAGGCUGCGGCCGAGAUCGAGGCCCUCGGGGGAAAUCGCCGGCCGCCGGCGAUGCUCCCGGUGGUGUUCGUCGGGGGCAGGUUGCUGGGGGGGCUGGAUCGCCUCGUCGCCGUCCACAUCACCGGCGAGCUCGUCCCCAUCUUGAAAGAAGCCGGGGAAGGUGAGACUUGAUCUCACUAGCUUUCAUUGGCCGCACUCGAUCAAAUCGAAGGCAACACCUCACCUACUUCCAUUGGCUUUGUGAGUGGGACUUUGACCGAACCAGAAAGCAUGCUCACGUCAUGAUGAUAAGUUUGAGAAUCUAUCAACUUUCCUAUGCUAUUGGAUGAUUCACUUAUUUA